UCAUGGUUCAUGUUUGUGGGGUAACCGAAGACUGUGUGAAUUUCAUUUAAUUGUAGUUCUACUUCUGUUUCCCUGGCCUGGAUUUGCGUUUUAAAAUGGAGGCAAUCACCGGAGGAGCCGUUCGUGGGACAUUUAUUUGUGAACUGUGUGGCUUGACAACGCCGUUCUCAUACUUCGGUCAAAAACCUCCAAACACUAGAGCCAUAGUGCUGUUGGAAGAAUCAUUUGUGUUAAAGGAUCCUUUCAGCCCCGACAGAGAAAAAUUCAUCGUCUUGGGCUCUUGUUGCACUGUGUGCCAGAAACCUGUUUGCGUUGGAACGGAAUGCAGUCUGUUCUACACUAAACGAUUUUGUCUGCCUUGUGUGAGGGAACACCUGGACCAGUUUCCCCAACAGAUUCAAACAGAACUGGCGAAAAAGAAACCACCAUCACACACAGACUCGGCCAAGCGGUGAUGAAUGAUGACCCACCACCACCACCCUACCCAAAGGUCGCAGGAUAUGAGCAAGCUGCAUGCCCGGAAUAGUGAUCGCUCUACUCUGCAUCAGGAAGGCUCUUGAUGUGCCCAGUGCACACAACCAUCAUAUGGCACUGGACGUGGGCCAUCUGUACAUUCAGCUGCACUCAAGGACUCAUGACGUCGCUGUUGGCAUGGAGGUCAUCUUCCAACUUGACCACUGAAGAAGAGAGGUGACUUCUACAAGAACCGUAACUUAUCAAAUGGGACAACUCUGGGAAGUGUAUGGGGACCUUUUCUUUUGAUGAAAGCACGGAAAUCUUUGGGUGCCUUUUGUGGGAGGCUUUUCAAAAUUAUUAUGCUUCCAAGCUGUUGCUUUCACAUAAUGCAACCUUGUUGGUGUAACUUUUAUCUGGAAUAUGUCCUUAUAAUUAAUGAAAUUCGGACUGGAAUCUGAAUUUGGGUUGCAAAAUACUAUUUCUGCCAUUUCAGUGAAAUGAAUGAUGCACAAUUGGACUUCAACACAUUAUUGUAGAGAUAUUGAAUGUCUUUUUCAAACACUUGUAAGGAUACACUGUAUGUAUACUUUAUGUCACAUUAUAAUGAUAAGCGAAUUAGGCAGAGGAACCUAAGUACAUUUGUUGAAAGACAAGUCUGGUCCUGCUCAGUCCAAGUCAAUAAUAAUAUGGUUGAUUUGAGGAUUUUUGUUUUUGUGUAGGCCUAAGAUUCUGACGAAGGUCUUGGGAAUCGAGAUGUUUUUGUAAGUUAUAAAAUGCAUACUAAUGCGUGCAACCCUU